UAGGCCUAAACGUAUACUUUUACCAACACAGGUAUAAAUCAGUCCUCUGACUCAGUCAUUAAAAUACUUUUAGGACUAUAACUAAGUUUUUUAGUCCAUACUCUUAUCACACAGGUUUUCUUCUCUACGAGUUGAAAAGGAUGCAUCUUGUCUACCCCGCUUUGUCGAGAGUGACGUAGUUAACGGGAGGACAGAUUGAUUUAGCAGAAGGUCAGUUGACGCCUGGGAGCCGCUGCACUGAGGAGGCGCCGUUUCGGACCACAGAGAAGCCAGGCUCCAGAAGAUGUAUCCAUACACGCUGACGCAGUUGACCAGGGCGAACCCUUUCUGCACCCCGGUUAUGGUCCUGCAUGAAGCUGAGGAGCCGGGACAAGACACACCUGUUGAGCCACACCUGAAACGUACACUCGCAGCGGCCUCACUUGAAGACCCUGAGGUGAGCUGCGAGUACGGCUCCAAUAAAUAUUACGCCUUGUGUGGCUUCGGGGGGAUCCUGAGCUGCGGCCUCACACACACGGCUGUCGUGCCCCUCGACCUCAUCAAAUGCCGCAUUCAGGUUGACCCGGACAAGUACAAGUCCAUCUUUACUGGCUUCUCUGUGACCCUGCGUGAGGAUGGGUUCAGGGGCCUGGGAAGGGGUUGGGCCCCGACCUUCAUUGGCUACUCCAUGCAGGGCCUGUGCAAGUUUGGCUUCUAUGAGAUGUUCAAGUCGUUCUACGCCGACAUGCUGGGGGAGGAGAACACCUACCUGUGGAGAACCUCUCUGUACCUGGCGUCGUCAGCCAGUGCGGAGUUCUUUGCUGACAUCGCCCUGGCGCCCAUGGAGGCGUGUAAGGUGCGCAUCCAGACGCAGCCGGGGUACGCCAACACACUCCGCGAGUGCUUCCCCAGGAUGUAUGGCGAGGAGGGGCUCAAUGGGUUCUAUAAGGGUGUGUACCCACUGUGGCUCAGGCAGAUCCCCUACACCAUGAUGAAGUUUGCCUGCUUUGAGCGCACCGUGGAGCUGCUCUACAAGCACGUGGUGCCCAAGCCCCGCAGCGAGUGCACCAAGAGAGAGCAGCUGAUGGUCACUUUUAUGGCCGGGUACAUUGCUGGUGUGUUCUGUGCAGUGGUCUCUCACCCAGCUGACUCUGUGGUGUCUGUGCUUAACAAGGACAGUGGGAGCAGCACUAUGCAGGUGCUCAGACGCCUUGGACCCCGAGGUGUGUGGAAGGGCUUGGUUGCUCGUAUCAUCAUGAUUGGAACCCUGACUGCCCUGCAGUGGUUCAUCUACGACUCAGUGAAGGUCUACUUCCGCUUGCCCCGCCCCCCUCCCCCGGAAAUGCCCGAGUCGCUCAAGAAGAAGAUGGAAUUGGCUAGCUUCUAGACGAGUCCCUACCUCCUUACCCAGAAUGCAACACGGGUCUCUUCAUGCUCUCAUCCACUCAAGUUUACAGCUCACAUCUCCGUUUUUGUAAACAUUCGUCAGCUGUACUAGAGUUAGUCACUUGACACUUCUGUCCAUGUAUCUGAAGAGGAGGGGUACCAUAACAAUAAGAAAUUAAACCUUGUAAUGGAAA